AUGUGUCCAGCACCAAUGAGAGGAUACUCGGAUAUUAUGAAUACCAGCGAUAAAGGCUCUAUUGAGUUAAAUGGUAACGGGCAAAAGGUUGCCUUUCCCCACGAAGAUGCGGGUGCUCAUACACUUUGGAAGCAAAAUUCAGAGGCAAAAACUCCGAUAUGGCAUCUAAGAGUUACUGUGAUCAAGAAUGGCGAGGCUCGAGGGGAUUGUCCUAGUCGUACCUUUGCAUUCAAGACCUUAGAGGAAGUCACUCGUGCCAUCAACCAAGUUGAGACUGCAUUUGGAAACACGUUUGAGCUGAAGAAAUGUGGAAUCGAUUCACCAGAUGCUAUGGGUGGGAGAGUUAACGAUGGGAGAAGUGAGAAUAUUACCAUUCAAUUUGAUUCUGAUGUAGCGAAGGAGUCAUGGACGGAAUUCUUGGGAAGAUUGAAGGGACUGGAGGAUGAAUGGUCACAUGCGACUGAAGUUUGA